CCCUCUUCUACGAAGAUACUAGACCGAUCCUGCCUUGAGCACACACCCCACGCACGCGCACCCAUGUUCAACAAAUAAAUGAAAACGCCAACAUGUCCACCACGCAGAAGGCUCAGCGAAAAAUAUUCAUAUACGAUCCGGAGUCCGGACCAUGCCGUGAGAUACUGAGAUCACAAGAGAAGCAGAAGGCGACCGGACACCGCUGUUGACGGAGCUCACCCCGGAUCCCUCCUCGGCUGCUGCGCUUCUCGGCACACGUCGUCUCUUCUUCUUCUCCGUGUUGGUACGCUCCUCGGCAGCGGCUUCGACAAGGACAGGGGAGUGGGGACAUGGGACUCCUGGACCUCUUCAUCACGGCAUGUGUGCCUGUUCUCAACACGCUCCUGGUUACCGGCUUCGGAUCGUUCCUGGCAACUGACUUUGCUGGGAUUCUGGGAAAAGAAGCAAGGAAGCAUCUAAACUAUGUGGUUUUUUAUGUAUUCAAUCCAUGUCUUGUCUCAAUCAACUUGGCAAAAACAAUCACCAUGGAAACCAUGGCCAAAUUGUGGUUCAUGCCAGUGAAUGUUUUCUUCACUUUUAUCUUCGGAUUAAUCUUCGGUUGGUUCGUGAUAAAAGUCACCCGAGCCCCACCCAAGUUAAGAGGCCUCAUUCUGGGUUGCUGUUCUUCUGGCAAUCUGGGCAAUAUUUUCCUCAUAAUCAUUCCAGCUCUUUGCAAAGAGAAGGGAAGCCCGUUUGGAGCACCUGAUGUUUGCCAGACUUAUGGACUAGCCUACUCAUCGCUCUCAUUGGCGAUCGGUGCCAUCGUUCUUUGGACGGGCGCGUACAAUAUUAUUCGUGCAAACUCAGAAGUCACUGAAGGAGACGGUAAACCUCCCACGGCUCAAACAAAAGUUUCGGCUCCAGGAGGCACUCCGGGCGUAGUUUCAGAGACAAAUUAUUCGAUCUUGAGUGAUCAUGUGGAUGACUGCUCUCUCCCAUUGAUAUCCAACGCAACUACAAUCAAAACUAAGGUCCCAUUAUCAGAGAGAGCAAAACGAUUUGUAUCAUCGGUUUCUAACACAGUUGAUCUGAAGAAGCUGUUUGCUCCUUCGACUAUUUCAGUGAUUGUCGGGUUUAUAAUUGGUGGAAUACCUCUGCUUAGAAAUGCUAUGAUUGGAGAUAGCGCUCCACUUCGUGUCCUUAGUGAGUCGGCUGAAUUAAUCAGCGGAGGAGCCAUUCCAUCUGUGACGCUGAUCAUGGGAGCGAAUCUCAUCACCGGUUUGCGAGGAGAUGUGAGCGUCCCACGGGCGGUGAUCGCCGGUGUCGUGGCCGUCAGGUUCGUCCUGCUGCCAUUGAUGGGCACCGUGCUUGUGAAAGUGGCCAUCCGGCUCGGCGUCAUCCAACCGGACCCUCUAUACCAGUUCAUCCUCCUGUUGCAGUACGCCGUCCCACCCGCCAUGAACAUCGGGACCAUCACGCAGCUUUUUGGAGUGGGUGAAAGCGAGUGCUCGGUGAUCUUCGUGUGGGUGUACGCGGUGGCGUCGGUUGCAGUGACGAUGUGGUCUGCGUUCUUCAUGUGGACCUUGUCUUGAGCAUCUCCCAUGUAGUAGUACGUCGGAGUCUCUGAAGCCGCGUUAUACUAGAACAAGGGAAAGACCGGAGAGCCCAGCGAGCUAGUGACCAUUCUAUCUCAUCUCCCUGAGUCGAUCAGAACGCACAAGCUCAAUUGAGUUGCUAUAAAGCCUACAUAUUGUGGAAGAUUUUUGUUACCGAGGAUAAGUGAACACCUAACACAUGUAUAUCAUGAGUAAACUUUGCAAUACGGUUAUUAGUUGGCCGAGGAUGAUCGAAAUUUAAACUUGGGGAGGUUGAGGAGUCCA